UUCUCUCAAGGAAUCACAACACUUGACUCAUCUGUGUGUCACUGCUCUCCUCUGCUAGACUGACAGACUCACCAACACACAGAGGGAAAACACACACAAACAGAAGAAGAAGAGAAUUAAAGGAACCUAUUCCGGCUGACUUGGAUUGGAGACAUGACCAAAGAGACUGAGACUCUGGGACUGGUCUUUCAGAGUGAGAACUUUAACUAUAACCGUUUCACUAACCAUAUAAUGGACUCCUGGUCCUACCUGGAGAGCCCUGUCCCUGAGCAGACCCACCCCAAACCCAGACUGCACCCUGGAGAUGAUCUGACAGCUUUGACCAUGCUAUAUGAGCAGUGCAAGAACCAGAAAGAGCAGAAGAUUGUUGCCUGCAACCGCGCUGGCAACAUCUGCAAGACAGACAGGACUCCAACCAACCCCAAUGAGUUUGUUUCACUGGAGACGACUGCCAAUGUCAUGAAGAUCAUCUCUGAAAGCGUUCCUUUGAGCCAUCCCCAAGAGGUCUUGGGAUCCAAACCGAACACCUCGCUGCCCAUUUCCGUUCCCACCACCUCAGACUCCUACGCCACCCUGACCAGCGUCGUAGCGGACUCUUACGACAAACAGGAGUUCAACAGCAUCUUUGACUCCCUGUUGCAGAAGUGGCCUGAGCCCGGUGCUUUCCCCGACCCCAGCACUGAGACACUUCCUUACAGCGAUCCUUUUCCUGAGGAGCAGUGCAGCCCAGGCUACUCUGGCUCCUAUGCCGGCUCCCCACCAGAGAGAUUCAGAAGUGAGUUCCAGUUUUCCCUGGGAGCUCCUCUGGCUUCUUCUUACAAGUCCAAUGAGCUGCCCAUGGUCUACCUGAACAAGGGCCAGUUCUACCCCAUCACUCUCCAUGGAGUGGACAGCAGUGCCUGCCGCAGUGCCACCAAACUCAAGACGGUAGUGAUGGCUGUAUUUGAGAAUGACAAGAGUCCAGAAACGCAACUCCGCUUUUGGAAUCACUGGCAUGCGCGUCAGCCAACCGUAAAGCAGAGGGUUAUUGACAUUGCUGACUACAAAGAGGUGUACAGCGGUAUUAGCAACAUCGAGGAGGUGGCCUUCAACGCUCUCUCCUUUAUCUGGAACCCCAGUGAAGAGGCCAAGGUCUACAUUGGCAUCAACUCCCUGAGCACAGACUUCUCCUCUCAGAAGGGGGUGAAGGGCCUGCCUCUAAACAUACAGAUUGACACUUACGACUACAGCUCAGGAACCAACCAUCUCAUACACAGAGCUGCGUGCCAGGUCAAGAUUUUCUGUGAUAAGGGUGCUGAGAGGAAGAUGCGUGAUGAGGAGAGGAAAAGAAGCAAAAGGAGGGGAAAGAACGAUGCUAACACCAACAAGUCUUUAGUGACCAGCUCCGUGGGCAGUGACUACACUUUCUUCAAAACACUGGAUGACCACGUCACCCAGCCAGUUCUGUUCAUUCCAGAGGCACACCUCUCCAGCUUACAGCGCAUGGCCCCUCCCAUGGACGACAACGAAAGGAGUUCCCUUAAGAGACUGUAUCAAGACAGAGACCAGAACAGCUCUCCACCAAGCAAGCAAGCCCGCAGAGAAGACCCACAAAGAGGUAGACAGAAAACUAAAAUUCUGCUGUACGUGAGGACAGGUGCUGAAGAGGUGUUUGAUGCGCUCAUGCUCAGCACGCCAACACUGUCAGGCCUGCGAGAAGCUGUUUCAGAAAAGUAUGGUAUGCAAAGAGACACCAUCGGGAAAAUCUACAAAAAAUGCAAAAGAGGUAUUCUCGUCAACAUGGACGACAACAUCAUCGAACACUACACCAAUCAGUCAGCCUUCCAAAUUGAGAUUUCCGAAGACGUUGCCGGUCAGUUCCGAGUCACUCUCAUCGAAGUAUGAGAGCCACCAUCCAAUCAGUGACCUGCUUCAUUGAAGGAAAUAACAAGUUAAAAGUGCCAGUUUAAGCCACUUCUGAAAGCACUGCCCAGUCACCUACAAUAUAAGCUGUGGACAGCCAAAACUAGUUAGAGAACUGAAGAGACUUUUCCAAUUUACCCAAACUCGGUUGAAACAGUUACACCCUUUCUCGUUUUUGUAAAUACCAUUCGACACCAUCCUUAUGAUUCUGUUAUUUGAAUUUAAUAUUGUAACGUAAGAGCAAUUAUGAUAAACAGCCUGUGUAUAUAUAAUGUAAAUAGAUUUUAAUAUGACAGUGUUUUAUGGAUUAGCCAUGUGUAUGUUACAACCCAUUUUCCAUGAAUUGCUAUGUAUUUCAAUUUAUUUUUUACAGAGUUCUGUACAUGAUGUGUGUACAGUUUAUUUUCAGAGGUCGCUUGUCCUGCUGCUUCUGCUGCUUUCAGUGUAUUUAUCAUUUCUUCUACCAGCCCCAAUGGUGCGUUUCCUCAGCCACAACCCACCCAUAAUAUUUUUCACUGCCGUAAGUGUCUUCCUGAAGGUUCCAGUUAGUUUCACAACUAAAAUGGCCCGACAUCGGGUUAAAUUCACACCCAACAAGUCAAACAUUUCUGCGCAUAAGACCACAAAAGGGUUAGUAUUGGCCACCAUUUAGCCCAAAUCUGUGGACAUUUCCUGACUGUAUGGAGUUUUAUUGGACCCCCCCCCAAACCACCACCAAACUCUGAGACCUGCCAGAGGAUUUUCAUAGUGUGUGUGUGCGUGUAUAUAUGUAUGUGUGUGUAAGAUUUUCUUCCCUUAUACAUUACGCAUCAUUUCAAAACAGGCAUGUAACCCCGUAAUAUUUCAUUAUUAUACCAUGGAAAUUCUGGUUGUAUUAGCAUAUCUUGCCUCUUUUGUAAAAAAAAUAAAGAAAAUGCAUAAUA